AUGUCUUACGAAACAUCAACAAAGCCUACCAUUUACAUGAUCCGACAUGGAGAAAUGCCCGCUGAAGUAGACGGGAAAGAACCAGAUGGACUGUCUGCUCAAGGUAAAGAGCGUGCAAAUGAUCUCGUCAACGUCUUCGGAACGAAUUCGCCCUACAACAUUGGAUACAUCAUGGCAGAGCAUCCUCAUCAAGAUGGCGGUCGCGAUCGCCCUUGGAAGACCGUGGAGCCGUUGGCAGAUGCGCUUGGGUUAAAGGUCCAUAAAAAGAUUGACCGGGAUGAUUACGCUGGAGCUGCAAGCAAAGCUUUGUCCUUCGAGGGUCCGGGAAAUGGUUACGCGGCGGCGACUGGGUGGACUGGCGAAGUGAAGUAUCCUGGCGAUAGAUUUGAUCUGAUUUGGGUUGUGCCGCCGCCGUAUACGGAGAUCACUGUUGUAGGAAGUGAACUGGUUCCUGGCAUGGACGAUGGAGUCCACGUCAACGCCAACGGAGAUGUCCCCCCUCCUUCGGAUAACUGA